UAUAUUUUCCUUGUUCAAUCUUGAGUUUGUUUAUAUUGAACUUUGUUCGCAGUGCGUUUAAUCGUGUUUUGUUCAUAAUUCUAAUUAUGUUAAUACAGUUUUAGUCUUUCCUAUCGGAAUUUUUAUUUCCAUAAUCUCGUAACAGCUGUUUUGUGCUUACUAGACUUUGAAUUGUGCAAUCAAAGUUCUUUGAGUCUUAUCAGAGGUAAAAGGUCCUUUCGUGGUCGUGUCGUAAGUGUGUCCAAUAUGGGUAACAAAUCGUCCCUUUUGUUACGCGAAGAAGAAAUCGCUCAAAUUCAAGAGGAAACUGGAUUUACACCAAACCAAAUCGAGAGGCUGUACUCCCGUUUCACCUCGCUAGACAAGAAUGACUGCGGCACUCUCUCCAGGGAAGACUUCUUGAGGAUCCCGGAGCUGGCCAUCAACCCACUGAGCGAGCGUAUCGUCCACUCGUUCUUUGCUGAGAGUCAUGAUGAUAGGGUUAACUUCCUGCAAUUCAUGAGGGUACUUGCCCACUUCAGGCCUAUCAGGAAGAAUAGGGAGAACAAACUUAAUAGCCGGGAUGAGAAGCUGAGGUUUGCAUUUUCAAUGUAUGACUUGGACAAUGACGGCAAGAUCUCAAGAGAUGAGCUGCUAGCUAUUCUGCACAUGAUGGUUGGAGCUAACAUAAGUGAAGAGCAACUAACGAGUAUUGCUGAACGCACAAUCCUGGAAGCUGACACCAACAACGACCAGAUGAUAUGCUUCGAGGAGUUCUGCCACGCGCUGGAGAGGACAGAUGUGGAGCAGAAGAUGUCCAUCCGGUUCCUCAACUGACCUCCGCACUCCUGAACCGAGUAUAUUAAGUACAUACUGAUGUUUCUGCUCGCUAUUAUCCUGUAUGGGCUGUUUAAUAAGAAAGCUUAAUGCGAGAGUUUGAUUGUUCGUUCGGUAUUCAGUAUAACAGAUUUAGAUGAAUUUAAUAUGAAAUUAGAAAACAUCCUGGUACUGUAUAUCACAUUAUCUAAAGUUUUUAUAGCGAGUGACACCACGGGCGACAACUAGUGAAGCUAUUAACAAUGCUUAGAUAUCUUAAUAUGUAUAUGAGUGAUUUAGAUUAAGCGUUUUGCUGUUCUAGUUUAGUUUGUUAAGAUGUUUAAUGCAGCAAACAGGUGGGUUGUUUUAUUUAUUAUUAUUGAUUUUCAUGUGAUAUGCAUUAGUUUGUAACAUCACAAACGAUAUUAUCUUAUUUAUUGUCAAAGAUUCUAUGUUUUUCACAGCCAGUCACCAUUUCGUUGACAACAUGGCUAAGAUGCUAACAAAUGCCAAUUAUUUAAUUAGAAAUUUUCAGAAAUUCCAGAAUUAUUGGUGUUGAACCUUCUUAAUAUUAUGUUCGUCUUUUUUUCUUUAUAUCCUGUGAUGUGCAAUAACUUGUGACAGGACAGGGAUGAUUGUAAAGAUAAUAAACUAUUGGAAAAUAUUGUAGGGUUUCGAUGAUGAAAUAUCUAUGUUUGCAUAAAGAUAUAUUCAAUCGGACAUCUCCAUUUUGAGUAGACUCCCUUUUUGAACUAGCUAGAGGAAACUAGAAGUUUCAUAGCGAAGAUAGCAACUACGUAAAGUCGAGAAAAGUAAAAUGGACAAAUAAAAUGUUUAAAAACUUAGCUAGUAUUGAUUGGGCACAUACUAAAGAAUAUUUUUAAUACUUACAUAAAUUGGUAUUGUUUGGAAAAUAGUUUUAGCAAGAGGAAGGGAGGUUACAAAAGUAAUUUUUAUUAAAGUGUUUAACGUUGUAUCUAGUGAAAGUAGAUAGAACUGUUUGCACUAUAGUGUUUCGCAUUUAUAUCGACGAAUAGACUUGUUGACAGCAUAUAGCAGCAUUUACUUCCGAUAGAGGAACCACGAUACUUAAGUACA